GGGCCGGGGCGGGCCGGGGCGGGGUCGCGGGCCAGAGUAGAGGAAGCUCCCCUGCUGCCGCGGCGCGGGGCCGAGCUGGGCGCGAGGCUGCGGUGUCCUGCGGGUGAGGGACAAAGAAUAGCAGAAACAGAUACUUUCCUGACCAGACACAGAGAUGGUUGAUCCGGCAGAAGAGUACAGAAUGGACCACAAGAAGAGAGGGGUCGCGCUUAUCUUCAACCAGGAACACUUCUUUUGGCACCUGAGGCUGCCGGAAAGGCGGGGCACUAACGUUGACAGGGACAACCUGGCUGAGAGGCUUUCAGAGCUAGGAUUUGAAGUGGAAUGCUUUAAUAAUCUUAGAGUGGAAGAGCUGCUGCACAAAAUCCAUGAGGUGUCCACUGCGAGCCACGCGGAUGCCGACUGCUUCGUGUGCGUCUUCCUGACCCAUGGCGAAGAUGACCAUAUCUACGCAUUUGACGCCAAGAUUCAAAUCCAAACCUUGACUGCCCUGUUCAGAGGGGACAAGUGCCAGAGCCUGGUCGGGAAACCCAAGAUAUUUAUUAUCCAGGCUUGUCGGGGUGAGCAGCACGACCCGCCUGUCGUCCCCCUAGACGUGGUAGACAGUCACCCCCCGGAGCCCCCGGAGAACAUCACUGAGGUGGACGCAGCCACGGUGCACACCCUCCCCGCGGGGGCCGACUUCCUCAUGUGCUACUCGGUGGCGAAAGGAUAUUAUUCUCACCGGGAAACGGCCCGUGGCUCAUGGUACAUUCAAGAUUUGUGUGAGCUGCUGAGGAAAUACGGAUCCACGCUGGAGUUCACGGAGCUGCUCACGCUGGUGAACAGGAAGGUUUCCCAGCGCCGCGUGGGGUACUGCAAGGACCCCAGCGCCAUCGGCAAGAAGCAGGUGCCGUGCUUCGCCUCUAUGCUGACAAAAAAGCUGCGCUUCUCGCCCAAGCUAGCAUCUAGGCCCGGCCCGGCCUCCCCGCGGCCACCCCAGCCCUUACAUUAGCCCCAGGGGUGAGGGCCAGCCUUGUAUGACGGGCCCAGUGAGAAAUGCUUUCCUUUUUCAUUCUUUACUUUUCUUUUUUAUAUUUUCAUGUUAAAAAGACUUGAAAAAUACUCAGGAAAUUACAUUCAAAUGUACAAGCAUUGAGUGAUUUUUUUUAAUGUAAACCGUAAGGGCCCCCGAAAUAUCUAGCUGAUUGAGCUAGCACUCUGCCUUUUUAUAAAAGCUUUCUUACUAAUGUUUUUAAAGACUGUCGAAAUCCAAGAAUUAGAUCACAGUUUCCCUUUAGUAAGAUAUUUGAAGAUCAUGGCAUAAUAAACUUUUCUAAUUCA